CUGGAGGUAGAACCCAGGGCUUCUUGGAUGCUAGACAAAUGCUGUACCACUAAACUAUAACCCCAGCCAGCCACAACUGCAUUAUUUUUUAGUUUUGCUAUAGGGCUUCCAUAAGUUGCCUAGGCUGGCCUUGAACUUGAGAUCAGCUUGCCUGAGAUGACAGGCUUUAGCUGCCAGGUGCUGGGACUUUUUUUUUCAGUAUCCUUAUACCUGAGACGUUAAAUGAAUGGGAUGGGCCCUGAGAUACAGGUGUCCCUGACGGUGACAGGAUCCAGGGUCUUGAGGAAAUGGGUGACAUUUUCUAUCUCAAAGCCCCGCAGGUGGCCAGAGGGUGACAUUGGAAGGUUUAGGUUCUCCUGCUGGGGAGGAAGGAGUUAAAUGUCUCUGCACCUCAGCAAGGCAUCAGAUUUCUCUGGUCCAGGUUCUUCCAGGAAGGGGUGGAGCUAGGCUGGCCCCUGGGCCUCUCCGUAGCCUCAGACUUGGUAGGUCCUGCUGAGAAAGCAUGGGGGACUGUCUAAGAAAGAGGCUGCUGUUACUGGACACCCUCACCUGAAGACCCCCAAGUGCACGGCCAUGGCCCUGGUUCCACCUCUUGGCCGUGAAUUCCCGCCAGAGCCUGUGAAUUGUCCUCUGGCAGCUCCCCUGGAGCUGGAUGUCAUCGGAGGUACCAUCUGCCCUGCACCUGAGGAAGAGACAAGCAGGCCAGAGCAGGUCCAGGCCUCCUCGGGUCCACCUGAGCAUUUCAUGGGUGAACUGAAGAGCCCUGAGUCUGCCACCAGCCCCUCGAGACUCCCCCUGGCCUCUUCCCAUGAGUAUCAAGACGGGGGCAAGCCCUGUGAGCACUCUGACUCUGGUCUGGAAGUACUAGAAGCUGAACAGGACAGUCUACAUCUAUGUCUGUUGAGGUUGAACUUCCUGCUGCAGGACCUGGAGCAAGGCCUUGGGUCUUGGACGCUGGCCCAUAACAGGAUUGUCCAGCUGCAGGCCCUGCAGGCAGAACUACGAGGGGCCGCUGAGCGUGUGGAUGCAUUGCUUGCAUUUGGUGAGGGCCUGGCAGAGAGGAGUGAGCCCAGGGCCUGGGCAUCGCUGGAGCAGGUCCUGAGGGCCCUCGGAACCCACCGAGACACCAUCUUCCAGCGGCUCUGGCAGCUGCAGGCCCAGUUGAUCAGCUAUAGCCUGGUGCUUGAGAAGGUCAACCUCCUGGACCAGGACUUGGAAGUUGAGGGAGACUCAGACGGGCCAGCAGCUGGUGGAGUCUGGGGGCCCUGGGUACCCAGUACCUUCCCCACUCCUGCAGAGUUGGAGUGGGAUCCAGCAGGGGAUGUUGGGGGUCUUGGGCCCUCAGGGCAAAAGAUAUCUCGGAUACCAGGAGCUCCCUGUGAGCUGUGUGGCUACAGGGGACCCCAGAGCAGUGGACAGGGCCUUGAGGACCUGUUCUCCUUGGGACUCAGCCACCGGAAACACUUAGCGGCUCACCAUCGAAGACGGCUCCGGAAGCCUCAGGACAGGAAGAGGCAAGCGUCUCCCAGUCUGCCCGAUGUGAUGCUGGAAGUGGAUCGUGGGUUCCCAGCUCCUGCAUCCAAGUGGCCCCUGAUCCUCUUCUUUCUCCUUCUCUUCCUCCUUCUGGUGGGUGCCACACUGUUGCUGCCCUUGUGGGGGGUCUCCUGCUGUUCCCAUGCUCAGCUGGCCAGGACGCCCUACCUGGUGCUCAGUUAUGUCAAUGGUCUCCCUCCAAUCUGAGCCCACCGUCCCAGACACAUGCAUUAAAUGGUCCCUUUCGAGAGA